UGCCAUUAUAACGAGUUGUAAUCUGACGUGCUGACCAUUUUCCCUCCCAUUUCCUUUUUCUGCAUAAGAUAUUUUACCAGAAACCAGCUUAGAAUUUUCAAAAAGCCCCCAUUAACGAGAGCUUACUAUUACUAUUACACAAUAUAAAAAAGCGGGCCAAGUGGCAAAUAGGUCAGCAUUGAGAGGGAAACGUGAAGCGUUGUACAACUGGAGCCACCAAAUUCGGCACGAGGAAGGCGGUGGUACAGGAAAAAAGAAUAAAAAAGCCAUUGGAUUCCGUAUAAUAUCUCAUUGGCUUCAUUAAUUUUUGGCAGUAACAAUCAGAUUCUCUGCCUCCUCCUCUUCAUCCUUGCGUUCACGCAUUUGCAAGGAUGGUGUGGAGGAAGGAGCUCCACUGAAUAAUUCCAUUCAAUUGCGUUUUAUUCGAAUAUUUGAAAAAUAUCUUCCGUCCACGUUUAAGUGGUGAGAGUUGUUCUUAUUCGGCCUUGCUCUCAUUUAGUACCACUGGGUUUCAGAUUAAUCUGCAAACGGGUGGGCAUUCAAUUCAUUUUUAUUUUUUCGAAGGGCUGUUUUUGCUCGCAGCGAUUUUUUGGGUGCCCGAUAUUCAAAUUGGGUGCACAGUUUUAGUUUGAAUCUUGUUGAUUUGAACGAUUUGGCAUGGCGAUCACCAAAGAGGAAAAUCUUGAUUCUAAUUCAGCUGUUUGUUCUUCUGGCAGAGAUUUUUCUAUUUCUUCUCCAUCCGUAAUUGUAAUAGGUGGAGGGUUUGCUGGGUUAGCUGCUGCACGUGCCCUUCAGGAUGCCUCAUUUAAGGUGACGUUGUUGGAGUCGAGGGACAGGAUUGGUGGACGUGUAUACACAGAUUAUUCUUUUGGGUUUCCAGUUGACAUGGGUGCAUCAUGGCUACAUGGUGUUUGUGAGGAAAAUCCCUUAGCACCUAUAAUUGGGAGAUUGGGACUACCUCUGUACCGAACGAGUGGUGACAAUUCUGUCUUAUAUGAUCAUGAUUUAGAAAGCUAUGCUCUUUUUGAUAUGGAUGGGAAUCAAGUUCCAUCGGAGCUAGUAACUAAAGUUGGAGAGGCAUUUGAAGAGAUUAUAGAGGAGACAAAGAAAGUACGAGAUGAAGUCUCAGAAGAUAUGUCUGUAGACCAGGCCUUUUCUAUUGUGUUGAAAAGACGCCCAGAGUUAAGGCAGAAUGGGCUUUCUCAAAAAGUCUUGCAGUGGUACCUAUGCAGAAUGGAAGGGUGGUUUGCUGCAGAUGCAGACAUCAUUUCUUUGAAAACCUGGGACCAGGAAGAGUUGCUUGAAGGUGGACAUGGCCUCAUGGUGCAAGGAUAUUAUCCCGUUCUACAAGAUCUGGCUGUAGGCCUUGACAUAUGUCUCAAUCACAGGGUCACAAAGGUAUCUCGGAGAUAUAAUGGUGUACGAGUUGUUGUGGAGGAUGGGAGAACCUUUGUAGCUGAUGCGGCCAUCAUUACAAUACCUCUUGGUGUCCUAAAAGCAAACACAAUAGAAUUUGACCCACCAUUGCCAGAGUGGAAAGAGGCGGCAAUAUCAGAUUUAGGGGUGGGCAAUGAAAAUAAGAUUGCUUUAUAUUUUGAGGAAGUAUUUUGGCCAAAUGUGGACUUUUUGGGAGUGGUCGCACCAACUUCAUAUAGUUGUAGCUAUUUCUUGAAUCUGCACAAAGCGACUGGACAUGCUGUUCUCGUAUACAUGCCUGCUGGAAGGCUGGCUAAUGACAUAGAAAAGAUGUCUGAUGAAGCAGCUGCUAACUUCGCAAUAUUGCAGCUAAAGAGAAUUCUGCCUCAUGCAUCUGAACCAAUUCAGUGCCUUGUCUCACGUUGGGGAUCAGAUUCAAAUUCUCUUGGUUGUUACAGCUAUGAUAUUGUAGGCAAGGCACAUGAUCUCUAUGACCGAUUGCGUAUCCCUGUUGACAAUCUCUUCUUUGCAGGUGAGGCUACAAGUAUGCUUUAUCCAGGUACAGUACAUGGGGCCUUCUCUACAGGCAUUGAGGCUGCUAAGGAAUGCAGAGAACAUUUAAUGGAACAGUACACGCACUUGGAGUUGUUUCAACCUGUGAUGGCAGAAGAGCAUUCAACCAAAUAUGCACCUCUCCAAAUAUCAAGGCUUUGAGCUUUAAUUAUAUUCUUAUUAUUUUGAUUCAGCAAAUGUUUUAUCUGCAGUUAAGUGAAAUGCACUAGUUGUAUGAGAGAGAAUUUCCAAAUGUAGCUGGUGUUUUUUGCAGCGUGCAAAUGUUUGGCUAGUUGAAGCCUUUCAUAAGCCCAUUGCGUAAGCAGGGCUGUAAAGGCAUGUAAGCUGUGAAAGACAAAUUAUGAUCAAUUUUUCUUUGAGACA